GCGACGAAAGCAGGAGGGGGCGUUGUGAGCACAACUUCGUGGUGGCGGGGGUAGCCUGCGAAGGUGUCAUGGCUGCUGCCGUUGAGCUUAGUCGCUCGAGCAAUGGUGACAGGAGUCUGGAGCGGAGCUGCAGCCCUAAUCUCUCCCAAGAGGUGCUCUGCGAAUUCUUUCGCUCUCUGCAUAGCCUGGUGGGACAACUUAACCUCAGAGAUGAUGUGGUGAAAAUUACAAUCGAUUGGAACAAGCUCCAGAGCCUCUCGGCAUUCCAGCCCGCUUUGCUCUUUAGUGCACUUGAGCAUCAUGUUUUAUAUUUACAGCCUUUUUUAGCAAAACUUCAGCCUCUGAUUAAAGAGGAGAAUACAACUGUUGUUGGAGAGAUAGAAAAAACAGAAACGGGGAACAAGAAUGAAGUAAAUGCCAAAUUUCCCAUUAGUGACCUACAAGAGGAAGAAAAGCACAAAGAUUGUGAUUUAGGAGAUGUGAAAAAGACACAGAUCCAUUUUGAUCCAGAAGUAGUUCAAAUAAAGGCUGGAAAAGCAGAAAUUGACAGACGAAUAUCUGCAUUUAUUGAAAGAAAGCAAGCUGAAAUCAAUGAAAACAACGUCAGGGAAUUUUGCAAUGUUAUUGAUUGUAAUCAAGAAAACAGUUGUGCAAGAACUGAUGCCGUUUUUACUCCUUACCCGGGAUUUAAAAGUCAUGUAAAAGUUUCUAGAGUUGUGAAUACAUAUGGACCACAGACUAGACCUGAAGGAAUUCAAGGGUCAGGUCAUAAACCUAACAGCUUGCUCCGAGAUUGUGGUAAUCAGGCUGUCGAAGAACGACUACAAAAUAUUGAGGCUCACUUGAGAUUGCAGACAGCUACUACUCCAGUUGAAGUCACUGUGUUCACUGCCUUGGACUGAUGGAAGGAUAUCAGCUGGUUGCUUUGCCCCUAGAUUUCUUCCUCGAGACCAAUUCUGUACCAGUGGCCAAAUUGCUUUUCCUGAAGUUCUGAUCUUACUGAUCUUGCUAUUCCCCAGCUAAAAAUUCUUUCAUGGUUUCCUGUUACCCUUAUGUGCAUACCAAACUUAGUAUUUAUUCAUUUAUUCCACAAAUAGGUAUUAAGUUCCUACUAUAAGCCAGGUGCUAUUCUAGGCACUGAGAAUGCACGUGAACAAAAAUUCUAGUAUAUAAAUUAUAUGCUACACAAGAAGAACUACGGAUAAAAAGCAGCUUGACCAAGAGAAGAGAAAGGAGCUUGGGAUGGGAGGGGAUUUUAAUUUUAAGUAGCAUGAUCUACAUCUAUAGUUCCAGCCCCAUCUCUGGGCUUCCCAACUCCCACUCAUUUUGCUGUCCUAGGGCCUUCACCAAGGCUUUCUCUCCUGCCCACACUUUCCCCUCCUGAUCCCAGACUGGUAUGGUAUGGACUCCCCUUUCAUGUAGUCUCAGUAGUACCUGGUACUCCCUGCCCUCCUUUAUAGCAGUUAUCACAGUUGUGUGUGUUUAAUGUCUGUUCCCCUUGAUAGGUAGUAACGUCUGCGAGAGCAAACUCAUGUUCAUUAACUUUGUGCUUAGUGCAGUGUCUGGCACAAAACAGGUAUUCAGGAGUUUUUAAAUGAGCUCAUUUCACCUUUUCAGAUCAUAUGCAAAGUACAGUGGGUACACAAAGUUAGCGUUCAGCUCUUUCAGGGGAAGUCAAGAGAUGGUAUCCCUGGUGAAGUGACAUUUGCAUCCUUGAAAGAUUAGUAGGAAUUUGUCAGCAGGCAGGAGCAAAUUAUUCCAAAAAGAGGGAAUACCAUCUGCAAAAAGCACUAAGGCACACAAAUCUGGUUGGGGAAUUUCUGAGUCCAGUCUAGCUGGAGUAUUUGCUGAGUGGAAGUAAAAGAAGAUGAGACUGAGUAAAACUUCAAGGGUAAUAAGAGAUUAGCAUUAAAAAUUAAUCCCCUCCCCCAUAACUAAAUGGAUUAAAAAAAAAAACACUGAAAAAAGGAUGGAUUGGCUUAUUAAGUCUAAUAGUAUCAGGGUGCCUGGGUGACUCAGUCAGUU